GGCUCAAAAAGUAGCCCAAAUCUGUACCUUGGUUAGUUUAUACUUUCAAAACCCGACUGUGCUUUAAAUUAGUAGCCCAAUUCGGCUGGAAACUCGCCACCCUAAUGGGCAUUUUAGGACUAAGACUUCCUUAUAUAAACGAGGUUCUUUGCAGCGCCCUCUGUCGGCCCUUUAUUUACAUGACAAGCUUUUUUCUAUUGAUCCACAUCGCCCUAACUCGCGCGGAUGGAUACCUGGAAAUUCUACACCCAGCCUCCCUCGCCCUCCGUCCUUUCUCGUUUAAUAUAUUUCUAUUUAUUUCACCCUCAAGGCGCUGCUUCUGUUUGUUCCCGGCGCGGCUUCACCCCCAGCUCGGGAGGGACGUAUUCCGCAGCGUACUACAUGCACCAGGCGGCGGAGGCGGACAUUUCCUGUUUCCGGCGAGGAGAGCCGCAACUUGCGAUUUCCGGUCUGGAAUGGUAAUGAAAACAAACCGGGUUUCUUUUUGUAACUACAGUGACCGAGGAGAUACAGCUUGAGGACCGGAGAAAGGCUCCUAGAAAGGCGGGACCUUGAGCAUCUGACACCCCCAGGGAGAGCUAUUGUUGCCGGGGCCCCGGAGAGGAACAAAGGCCGGAAGGGCCCCAGUUUCACGUUACAAAGUUGCAUCAGGACUGCGAGGAGCCUGCAGGGGCCUAGGAUCGGGAUGGCAACACCGUGACAGAUACAGACUGGACUUUACCAUUUACUGCAGGAGCCUCUGAAUGUUCUGAAGGACCUGCUGGGCUUUGGGAAGGAAACUGAAUACUGAGGCUGUAAUAAGAGGCUCCUGGAGGCCCAGUUGCAACAGGAAGAGUGUGUCUCCCUUAUCCUGAGAGCUGACAUUUAAUUGGAGCACUUACAACAAGGCUGCAGGGGCCCUAGUGACACAAACAAGGAAGAGCUGCAUUCUCUUUAGGUUUGAAACUAAAAUUGCGUCUCUGAUUAUAACUGGGAGGGAAUUGCUACUAAUUGGCUCAGGGACUUGAGGUGUCCUAGUCAGGUAAGGUUACUGGUAGCCCAGUGGUGAAAAUUUGGCAUUUUGCGAACCUCAAGGGGAAGGGGGUAAUGGCAGCUACAAUAAAGACCCCAUUAUAAAAGGUUGAGCAGCAGCGACAGACAUCUGGGACUUGAUUGCCUCAAGGAAAGUAACUUCUAGCCUGUCUGUGCUAAACAGGGGUGAGUUGUCCCAGUGGCUUAAAUUUGGGACUGUCUGAGAUAAAGCGAUAUUUUGUAAAGCCACACGUUAGUACCGGCAGAAGAGAAUCGAUCUUUUCGUCAAGAAUCUCAGGAAAUCCUUAAUCUAGUAUUAGACUGUAUUUCCUUUCCUUGGAAGGAACCAGUGUUAAUAACCGCGGGUACUGUGGGAACAGGAGAGGCAAAGUGUAAAUCCUUGGCUGUAACUAGAGGAUCACGGCGAAAACUCUGUACUUUCCAGCAAUGAGGGGCAUCACUUCAUGACAGAGCAAGGCGUUUAUCCAAGCGAGAUCUGGGAUGCUGAUCCACGUUGUCUAGUUGUAUACGCCUUGCUGCACUUGAGGAUCAACACAUAUUUGGAAUGGCCGCCUACAAUGAAUUUGUGCCCCCUCCGGAAUGCCCGGUGUUUGAGCCCAGCUGGGAGGAAUUCUCCGACCCCUUGGGUUUCAUUGGACGCAUUCGACCGAUUGCUGAAAAAACAGGGAUAUGCAAAAUCCGACCUCCCAAGGACUGGCAGCCACCCUUUGCCUGCGAUGUGAAAAGCUUCAGCUUCACCCCUCGGAUACAGCGACUCAACGAACUCGAGGCAAUGACCCGUGUGAAGCUUGACUUCCUGGAUCAGCUGGGAAAAUUUUGGGAGCUGCAAGGGUCCGCACUUAAGAUUCCAGUGGUGGAUCGCAAACUUUUGGAUGUGUAUGCACUUAGCAAGAUCGUUUCCAGCGAGGGAGGCUUUGAGCUUGUAACUAAAGAAAAGAAAUGGUCUCAGGUGGGAAAUCGAAUGGGAUACCAGCCUGGAAAAGGAACAGGUUCUCUUCUGAAGAUUCACUAUGACCGAAUCCUCUACCCCUAUGAGCUCUUCCAGUCUGGUGUCAGCCUGAUGGGCAUCAAAAAAACAAGUCUGAAGGUAGAAGAGACGGUUGAAGUGACUGAGCCAUGCGAGGUUCAAAAAGACUCGCCUGAGACUGACAAGAAAAUAAUUGCCCCUAUGAAGCGGUCUCGACGUAUAAAGUCAGAGCCAGAAACUAUACAGAUCACAAACAGCACCGAGGUGAAGAAGUUGCAUGUUUUCGGAGCAGCAGCGCGAAUGAUUGGAAUUGGUGACAGUGUGAAAGACCGAGCUGAUGAAGCUUACAAGAAGCAGAACAGUUCAAAGCUGGAGGCAUUCGGAAUGCAGAGAAGACAUCAGAAGGGGACCCUGUCUGUUAGUUUUGUUGACUUGUACAUCUGCCUGUUCUGUGCCCGUGGUGACUGUGAAGACAAAUUGCUGCUGUGUGAUGGAUGCGAUGACAGCUACCAUACCUUUUGCUUGAUCCCACCUCUUACAGAGGUACCCAUGGGUGACUGGAGGUGUCCCAAAUGUGUGGCUGAGGAGUGUAACAAACCCCGUGAAGCAUUUGGAUUUGAACAGGCAGUGAGGGAAUACAAUUUGCAAAGCUUCGGAGAAAUGGCUGACAGCUUCAAAUCUGAUUACUUCAAUAUGCCUGUGCAUAUGGUUCCUACUGAGCUUGUGGAAAAGGAGUUUUGGCGCUUAGUCAGUUCCAUUGAAGAAGAUGUGAUUGUGGAGUAUGGAGCCGACAUCUCCUCUCGGGAUUUUGGGAGCGGCUUCCCAAUAUUGGAUGGAAGGAGAAAGCUAACUGCAGACGAAGAGGAUUACGCUCAUUCUGGAUGGAACCUCACUAACAUGCCUCUGCUUGAGCAGUCUGUGCUCACUCACAUAAACGCUGAUAUCUCUGGUAUGAAAGUGCCCUGGCUCUAUGUUGGCAUGUGUUUCUCCUCAUUCUGUUGGCACAUUGAAGACCACUGGAGUUACUCAAUCAACUACCUGCACUGGGGGGAGCCAAAGACUUGGUAUGGUGUUCCUUCACAUGCUGCAGAACAGCUAGAGGAUGUAAUGAGGACUCUGGCUCCAGAGCUUUUUGAGACACAACCGGAUCUCUUGCAUCAGCUUGUAACCAUCAUGAACCCCAACAUCCUGAUGGAACAUGGAGUGCCUGUAUACAGGACUAAUCAGUGUGCCGGAGAGUUUGUGAUCACCUUUCCUCGCGCUUAUCAUUCUGGAUUCAAUCAGGGCUACAACUUUGCAGAGGCUGUAAAUUUCUGCACUGCAGACUGGCUUCCAAUGGGCCGUCAGUGUGUAAGCCACUACCGCAGGCUGAGGCGCUAUUGUGUUUUCUCUCAUGAAGAGCUGAUCUUUAAGAUGGCAGCUGAUCCAGAGUGCCUGGAUGUGGGCCUGGCAGCCGCAGUAUGCGAAGAGAUGACCGUAAUGAUAGAAGAGGAAACCAAACUGAGGCAUUCAAUUGUGCAAUUGGGAAUCGUACAGGCAGAGGAGGAGGUCUUUGAGUUGGUGCCAGACGAUGAAAGGCAAUGUUCUUCAUGCAGAACCACAUGCUUUCUGUCUGCACUCACGUGUUCCUGCAGCUUGGAUCGGCUUGUAUGUCUGUAUCAUGCAGAGGAUCUCUGCUCUUGUCCCCCACAAACUAAGUGUCUCAGGUACCGUUAUUCCCUGGAGGAUUUGCCAUCAUUGCUUUAUGGUGUGAAAUCACGGGCACAGUCUUAUGAGUCCUGGGUGAAUCGGGUUACAGAAUCUCUGUCUGCCUCACUCAACCACAAAAAAGACGUAAUCGAGCUGAAAGUCAUGCUCGAGGACGCAGAAGAUAGGAAGUUUCCAGAGAACGAUCUCUACCGCAAACUCCGGGAUGCUGUUAAGGAGGCAGAAACCUGUGCAUCGGUUGCCCAGCUGCUACUCACCAAAAAACAAAAGCACAACAGAUUAAACCCAGAAUAUGGGAAGACUCGCACCAAACUCACCAUGGAGGAGCUUAAAGCCUUUGUUCAUCAGCUGUUUAGCCUGCCCUGUAUUAUCUCUCAGGCCCGACAGGUUAAGAAUCUGCUUGAUGAUGUGGAGGAGUUCCAUGAACGUGCUCAUGAAGCCAUGCGGGAUGAUAUCCCUGACUCCAGCAAGCUCCAGGCGCUCAUUGACCUCGGCUCCAGCUUGUAUGUGGAACUUCCAGAACUGCCGAGGUUAAAGCAAGAGCUUCUGCAGGCCCGCUGGCUCGACGAGGUUCGACAGACUUUGUCAGACCCUCACAGGGUUACUCUGGAUGUGAUGAAGAGACUGAUCGACUCUGGAGUAGGUCUAGCCCCACAUCAUGCAGUGGAGAAAGCAAUGGCAGACUUGCAGGAACUGCUCACAGUAUCAGAGAGGAUGGAAGAGAAAGCCAAAACAUGUCUGCAAGCCAGGCCACAGCACAGCAUGGGAGGUAUUGAGAGCAUCAUUAUGGAAGCCAAGAACAUCCACGCUUUUUUACCCAAUGUGCUUGCUCUUAAGGAAGCCCUACAAAGGGCCAAAGAUUGGACAUCCAAAGUGGAGGCCAUUCAGAGUGGCUCUCACUACGCGUACUUGGAGCAGUUAGAGAACCUGCUUGUGAAAGGCCGCCCCAUUUCUGUGCGCCUCGAUUCCCUCCCUCAGGUGGAGUCCCAGGUUGCAGCAGCUCGAGCAUGGAGAGAGAGAACAGCCAGGACAUUCUUAAAGAAAAACUCCAGCUAUACACUGCUACAGGUGUUGAGUCCACGGACCGACAUUGGUGUGUACGGCAGCAGUCGGAGCAAGAGGAAGAAAGUCAAAGAGUUAAUGGACGAGAAAGAUUUGGAACUGGAUUCCAUGAGUGAACUUGAAGAACCAAUGGAAGAGCCCCGGAAUGCUGCAUCUGUUGUUGCCGUGUUUAAAGACAUGGAGCACAAAGAGGUGGACGCCAUGCAUUCUCUGAGAUCGGCUAAUCUAAUCAAGAUGACGAUGGUCGAUCGUAUCGAGGAGGUGCGCUUCUGUGUGUGCCGGAAGGCAGCCAGUGGCUUCAUGCUGCAGUGCGAGCUUUGCAAAGACUGGUUCCACAGCACUUGUGUUCCACUGCCUAAAACGAGCUCACAGAAAAAGGGCUCCAACUGGCAGUCCAAGGACGUGAAAUUCCUUUGCACUCAGUGUAUGCGCUCCCGGCGGCCGCGCCUAGAGACCAUCCUCUCCCUGCUCGUUUCCCUGCAGAAACUACCUGUGCGGUUACCUGAAGGAGAGGCCUUGCAGUGCCUGACCGAACGAGCCAUGAGCUGGCAGGACCAGGCACGGCAGGCGUUGGCCACAAACGAACUAUCAUGCGCUCUUGCUAAGCUUUCUGUUCUGAGCCAGCGUAUGGUGGAGCAGGCAGCGCGUGAGAAGACGGAGAAGAUCAUCAGUGCGGAGCUGCAAAAAGCUGCAGCAAACCCAGACCUGCAAGGUCACUUGCCAAUAUUCCAGCAGAGCUCCUUUAGCCGGGGCCUGUCCAGCUCAGCACCGUCUCCCCAGACGCCUUUGGUUUACGACGACGAGGAGACUGAUUCAGAUGAGGAUAUACGGGAGACGUACGGUUAUGAUGUAAAGGACAGUGGAAGCAUCAAAUCUUCAAGCAGCCUGGAACCAAACCUGUUCUGUGAUGAGGAGAUCCCCAUUAAGUCUGAAGAAGUGGUGAGCCACAUGUGGACAACGUCAUCGUUUUGUGCUGAACAUGCUUACUCCUCGGCUUCCAAGAGCUGUGUCCAAGUUUCAAGCACCCCACGGAAGAAACCCAGAAAAAGCCCACUGGUGCCGCGAAGCCUAGAGCCUCCUGUACUUGAGCUGUCCCCAGGUGCCAAGUGCCAGUUGGAGGAACUUAUGAUGUUGGGAGAUCUGCUGGAGGUAUCACUGGAUGAGACUCAGCAUAUCUGGAGGAUCCUUCAGGCAACACACCCACCCUCUGAAGAAAAGUUCCUGCAUGUCAUGGAGGUACAUAAAGGGAUGCAAAAGGAUGAUAGCCUGGAUGAGAAACCAGUGAAGCUAAAAAACAAGGACUCUUCAGAAAAAAAACGCAAGAGAAAGUUAGAGCGUGCAGAACAACUCCUGGGUGAGGGCAAACAGAGGUCCAAGGAACUGAAAAAACUAGAUAAGAAUAAAAAGAAAAAGAUGAAAUUGGGGCACGACAAGGCCAAGGAGCUGAGCAAGUUGGCCAAAAGACUGGCCAAGGAGGAAGAACGUAAGCGGAAGAAGGAGAAAGCGGCAGCUGCCAAGGUUGAGCUCAGCAAAGAAAUUGCUGAGAAGAAGCGAGAGAAGAAAGUGCUGGAUAUUCCAUCUAAGUAUGACUGGUCAGGAGCUGAAGAUUCAGAUGAUGAGAAUGCAGUAUGUGCUGCACAGAACUGCCAGCGACCGUGCAAAGAUAAGGUUGAUUGGGUGCAGUGUGAUGGGGGCUGCGACGAAUGGUUUCAUCAGGUCUGCGUGGGUGUCUCCUCUGAAAUGGCUGAGAAUGAAGACUACAUCUGUACGAAAUGCAGCCGGAAGCGGGUGCAGAGUUCAGGCCCCCCGUGUCUACCCUGCCCUUCAAAUUUGACUUUCUUCCCUGGUUUCCCUAUGUCUCCCGUUGAGGUUAAACAGGAAGUCAGCUAGCACAGCGGAUACGACAAGCACUGACUGGUUGUUUCAUAACUCCCUACCCUUUAAUCUAUCAUCCUCUGCCAGCUUCUUCGCUAAAGAGGGAGGUGUUUGUUUUAGGUAGUUCUUUUGACACUGAGCAAGCCUUGGUGCUGCUCAAACCUCAGCGCUAUUCUCUGGUCACGUCCAGUGGGGUUGAAGGAAUCCUGAGAAGCAAAAGAUAAAGGAUGAAGUAGAUUUGGUGCCCUUUUUGUAAUCUAAACUGCUCCCACCAGCAAAGGAAAGACUGAGCAUCUCACUCCCUAGGUGCCUCUCCCAGUAGUACAUGGUAGGAGUAGCUGUUCCUGGCAUUAAAGAAAAUCCUCAAGGGUAGAGACAUGUAUCUGUCUACAGAUCACUCAGGUCCUAUGUUAUGCACCUCCGAAUCAAGGAACCACUUUAAUGCAGAUGUCCUGAUUGGACCUUACCUGGCUUCAAAACAGUGAUUCAGGGCCUUCUAAUGGAAUUCGGGAGUAUUAAAAGCUGUGCAUUACUAGAGUGUCACCAUUGGGCGAGACAUUUAUGUUUCAAUCUAGAUACAGUGUUUUUGGCCCAGUUUUAUUCCUGUUCCUUUCUGAGCAUGACACAGGUACCAUUGUUGAUUGCAUUUAAUAACCCAAAGGGUUUGUUGCUUAGAUAAAGGUGCAGUAUUAAAGGGGAAGUGGUGCCAUCCGGAAACUGACAUAUGACUUGUGACAUCCCGAGGAGGAAAGGAAAGUGUAAAAAACAAAACUUACUUUCCAUUUCUUCCUCCCGUGACUACUGUGUAAUAAUAAUUUUUCUCUCAUACUCCUCACUGUGUGUCCGGUGUCGGCCAUAUUUGUAUUUCAUAUCUUUCAGUCCUUCGUUUGUGCUAAAAGAACCAGGACCUCUCCGGUGUUGUCAGCUACAUUGUACUUAAAAUGCAGGAGGAGUAGGGAGUAGUUUUACAAGUUUCCACAAGUAAUGAAGUGCCCUUUGAAGAAUACAUCCCUGUUUCAUCUGAUUUCUUCUGUAUAUGUUUUGCUCAUUGUUUUCUCCUGCAGGGGGACCAUGAUACAACAUUUGAUACUUCAGAACUGGCAACAUGGUGGUGCUUGGCGGCAAGUGACCUCAAAGUUCCACCAAAAUGACCUUGGAGAGAUCUAAGACCCCCAUGGUUAUUAGUGGGGCUUUAUAGAUCACAUACUUGUCCUGGGCUAAGAGCCAAAAUAUAGGCUAUAUAUAUUUAUUGUGUAGAAUUCCUGGCAAUGCAGGACCAAGUAUAAAUGUUUAAAGGAAAAAUGUUAAUAAGAUUAU